AUGAAUAGGCAAAAGCGCUCGGUGUCGCAAAACGACAACCCCUUCCAGGUGCUGACGGAGGAGCUAAUUUUCCUCAUUCUUGACUUUCUCGAAACGGCGCCGUUGGACAAGAAGUCCUUCUCGCUGACGUGCAAGGCGUUCUACGCCGCGGAGGCCAGGCACCGCCGUGUGUUGCGGCCGCUGCGGGCGGAGCACCUGCCCGCGCUCGCUGCCCGCUACCCCAGCGUCACGGACCUGGAUCUCUCGCUCUGCCCGCGCGUGGGCGACGGGGCGCUCGCGCUCGUGGCCGGCGCGUACGCGGAGACGCUGCAGCGGCUGGACCUUUCGCGAUCUCGGUGGUUCACGGGGAGCGGGCUUCUGAGCCUGGGCGCACGGUGCGGGAGCUUGGUGGAGCUGGACCUGUCGAACGCAACAGAGCUGAGGGAUGCUGGGGUCGCGGCGGUGGCGCGUGCAAGGAACUUGCGGAAGCUGUGGCUGGCGAGGUGCAAGCUGGUGACGGACAUGGGGAUUGGGUGUAUUGCAGUGGGGUGUAGGAAAUUGAGGCUGCUUUGCUUGAAGUGGUGUGUGGGGAUUGGGGAUUUGGGUGUGGAUUUGGUGGCAAUUAAGUGCAAGGAGCUCACAUCAUUGGAUCUCUCUUAUUUACCAAUCACGGAGAAAUGUCUGCCGUCAAUCUUCAAAUUGCAGCAUCUUGAAGAUUUGGUCCUCGAAGGUUGCUUUGGCAUUGAUGAUGACAGUCUCGAUGUUGAUCUCUUAAAACAAAGGUGCAAAGCAUUGAAGAAACUUGAUAUAUCAGGUUGUCAAAACAUUAGUCGCACUGGGCUAUCGAAGCUGACUAAAAUUUCUGGAGGUUUAGAGAAACUUAUUUUAGCAGAUGGUUCUCCUGUCACCCUUGGUCUUGUUGAUGGUUUGAAUAAACUUUCGAUGUUGCAAUCAAUUGUAUUAGAUGGAUGCCCUGUUACUUCUGAAGGAUUAAGGGCCAUUGGAAGUUUGUCCAUUUCAAUCAGGGAGCUGAGUCUAAGCAAAUGCUUGGGAGUGACAGAUGAAGCUCUUUCGUUCCUUGUGUCAAAACACAAAGAUUUAAGGAAGCUUGACAUCACAUGUUGUCGCAAGAUAACUGAUGUUUCCAUUGCCAGCAUUGCAAAUUCAUGCGCAGGUCUCACUUCUCUGAAAAUGGAGUCAUGUACACUAGUUCCACAGGAAGCAUUCUCCUUGAUUGGACAGAAAUGCCAUUUUCUUGAGGAGCUUGACCUAACAGAUAAUGAAAUUGAUGAUGAAGGUCUUAUGUCCAUUUCUUCUUGUUCUAGGCUAUCCAGCUUGAAAAUAGGAAUCUGCCUGAACAUAACUGACCGAGGACUUACCUAUGUUGGCAUGUUUUGCUCAAAAUUAAAGGAGCUGGAUCUAUACAGAUCUACAGGAGUAACUGAUCUUGGCAUUUCAGCAAUUGCUUGCGGUUGCCUUGGCCUUGAGAUUAUAAACACAUCCUACUGUACUAGCAUCUCUGACAGGGCACUAAUCUCCUUGUCAAAAUGUUCAAAUUUGAUGACACUUGAAAUUCGUGGAUGUAUUCUUGUUACAUCCAUAGGUCUGGCAGCUAUUGCGAUGAAUUGCAGACAACUAAGCCGUCUAGACAUAAAAAAGUGUUACAACAUCGACGAUAGUGGGAUGAUUCCACUCGCCCAUUUCUCCCAAAAUCUUAGACAGAUAAAUCUGUCAUAUAGCUCAGUUUCAGAUGUGGGGCUUCUGUCACUUGCCAAUAUCAGUUGCCUUCAAAGCUUUACCAUGCUUCACCUGCAAGGCUUGGUUCCAGGAGGACUGGCUGCAGCAUUAUUAGCAUGUGGAGGGUUAACAAAAGUGAAGCUUCAUCUUUCUCUAAGAUCUCUAUUACCUGAGCUACUUAUCAGACAUGUAGAAGCACGUGGCUGUGUAUUUGAAUGGAGAGAUAAAGAGUUUCAGGCUGAAUUGGACCCGCAGUGUUGGAAAUUACAGUUAGAAGAUGUGAUGUGA